GAAGCCGGCAUGAGGUGUGGUUAAUGCGUAUUUUUGUUUCUUAUCAAAAUAAUAAUGGAUUAUUCACAAUAAGUUGUUGAUGACAAUUAUUAAUAAUAUCAAUUACUAAUGUAGUGGUUAUAAAUUUAUAAAGUGUAGAAUUUGCAUCGAAAUAUUAAGGAUGUCUACUGCAAAAUCAAAAAUGCCUUUUCAUUCAGUAAAACGAGUACAAUUUGGAAUACUCUCUCCUGAUGAAAUUCGGCGUAUGUCUGUCACUGAGGAAGGAAUUCGUUUUACGGAAACUUUUGAAAAUGGAAAACCAAAAGGAGGAGGACUCAUGGAUCCAAGACAAGGAGCAAUUGACGAUAAAUCACGAUGUCAAACCUGCGAUGGACAAUUACCUGAAUGUCCAGGUCACUUUGGUCAUAUUAAUUUAGCCAAACCUGUCUUUCACAUCGGCUUUCUCGCAAAAACGAUAAAAAUUCUCAGAUGCGUCUGUUUUUUCUGCUCGAAACUCUUAAUUUCUCCAAACGAUCCAAAUAUCAGGAAAAUACUCACCGAGACGGAAGAUCAGCCUGGUAGACGUCUGACACUAAUUCACGAUUUGUGCGUAACGAAACGAAAAUGUGGUGAUAAUUCAAAGGAACUUUACGGUUGUGGUCAGUGUCAACCGAAUUUCAAAAGAUCUGGUCUCGACAUAAAUGUGGAAUUUAAACAAAUUGGAAAGGAAGACGAAGGACCACUAGCUGCAGAAAGAGUUCAUGGAAUUUUCAAAAAUAUCACCGACGAAGUUUCUUUGAUUCUUGGUAUGGAUCCAAAAUCCUCACGUCCCGAAUGGAUGAUUUUGACUGUUCUUCCCGUACCUCCAUUGACAGUUCGUCCAAACGUCAAAUCAAAAAAUUCAUCGAUUACAAAACGAGACGACUUAACAAAAAUACUAUCAAAAAUCGUUACAACAAAUAACAAAUUAUUAAGCGACGAAAUUGCUACUGAAGCAGACGACGUCAGAGAACUUCAAUUUCAUAUUUCCCUUCUGAUUGACAACAAUCCUUUAGGAGUGUUUUCAAAUUUAAAUCUGGAAGAAAGUUUAAAAAAUGCGUUGUCUUUAAAAUCGAUAAAAGAACGUUUCAAAGGGCAAAAUGGCAGACUUCGUUGUAAUCUACUGGGUAAAAGUGUAAAUUUCACAGCACGCUCGAUAAUCACCCCGGAUCCCAAUCUGCGAAUCGAUCAAAUCGGCAUUCCUCAAAGUGUCGCCAAAAAUUUGACAUUUCCCGAAAUUGUCACACCACAUAAUAUCAAAAAAUUACAAAAACUUGUCAAAAAUGGUGAUGAAAAAUAUCCAGGAGCGAAGUAUAUUGUGACAGAUAAAGGCAAAGUAAUAGAUCUCAAAUCAAUCGGAAAAGAUUGCGAAAUUAAAUGUGGAUAUAGAGUUGAAAGACACAUUUGUGACAAUGAUUUAGUUGUUUGUAGUCGUCAACCGAGUUCUCAUAAAUUAAAUAUGAUGGGUUAUCGAGUUAAAGUAUUACCUGGGAGUACAUUUCGAUUAAAUGUCAGUUGUGCAUCAGCCUACGAUGAUCAUUUCAAUUCCGACGAAAUAAACUUACACGUUCCACAGUCUUAUAAAACAAGAGCCGAAGUGGAAAAUCUUCGUAUGAUAUCGGGUGAAGUCGUAACAAAACAAGCGAAUAAAUCAGUAAUAAGUAUUGUCGAGGAUGCGUUACUAGGUGCAUUUAAAAUAACCCAAAAGGAUGUAUUCAUUGAAAAGAGUGAUUUCAUGAAUCUUUUAAUGUUCGUCUCGAAUUGGGACGGAAUAAUACCACAGCCUUGUAUUUUAAAACCAAAACCCCUUUGGAGUGGAAACCAAGUAGUGUCUCUGUUAAUUCCGAAAAAUUUAAAUUACGUUCAAGGGACAUUUUCCAGUGAUGAUGAGGACAGUGAUUUUGAAGAUGAGAGCACUUUUCCCGAGGAAGAUACAGUAACGAUAAAAAAGGGAGAAAUUAUAACUGGUUGUCUUUCGGAAGACACACUUGGUUGUGUGCACAAUUCCCUUCCGUAUGUUUGUAGAAUGAACUUUGGUCAUCAGGUGUGUAUGAGAUUUUGUCAGGAUUUGCAAAACGUCAUGAACAAUUGGUUAUUAAUCGAGGGACAUUCAGUUGGUAUUGGUGACACAAUUGCCAAUCCUUCUAGUUAUUUAAGAGUUCAGGAAAUAAUUGAACAGACCAAAGAAAAUGUCAUCGAUAUUAUUAUUCAGGCUCACUGUGUAGAAAUUGAUAGGAAUACUUUCAAUCUUAAAUCCUAUGAAACUUCGAUUUCAGCAAACGAAAAAAUUCAUACUGCUUUAAGAAAAUAUUUACCAAAACCGAACAAUUUAAUCAUAAUGGUAAAAGCUGGAUCAGCUGGAAAAGAUGAGGAAUUGAGAAAAAUUAUUGGCUGCAAGGGACAACAAACUGUGGAGGGUGAACGUAUACCUUUUGGCUUUUGUAAACGUACCUUACCACAUUUUAUAAAGGAUGAUUACGGUCCCGAGUCGAGAGGUUUCGUUGACAAUUCCCAUCUCUCUGGUUUCACACCUUCGGAAUUUUAUUUUCACGCUAUGGAGGGUCGAGAUUUUCUCAUUGAUUCUUACAAGAAAUCUGAAGAUGUUGGACGCAUGCAACGUAAUUUGGUGAAAGCUAUGGAAUCAAUAAUGGUAAACUAUGAUGGAACGGUGAGAAAUGCACAGAAUCAGUUACUUCAAAUCUAUUAUGGCAAUAAAGGUUUUCACGACGAAGUCCUCGUAAAUAGCGAGGAAACGGCCAUUGAACAUAACAGUGAAGAAUUUGAAAAAGAAUUUAAAUUCGAUCUUACGAAUGAGCGCGUGCGUGAUAAAUUUAAUGAAAACAUUUAUCGCGAUAUGAUGAAUUCGAAGGAACUUAUUUCCGAAUUGAAAAAGGAAUUUGAACAAUUGUGUGAAGAUAAAGCAGUGUUUGAAGAUAGAAGGUUUAAUUUUCAGGUUCCACUUCCUUUUAAUUUGGAACAAAUGAUUUAUGAUGCACAAAAUGAUUUUCAGACGAAAAAUGUGCCUUGUGAUUUGAAUCCGUUGAGAGUUAUUCAAGGUGUUAGGGAUCUUCUAGAAAAAUGCGUUAUUGUCAAAGGAGAUGAUAAAAUCAGCAGAGAAAUAAAUAAGAAUACGCAUUUUCCAUUUCGAUAUAUCAUGAGAUUAAAAUUGUGCACCAAAGCCGUCUUUGAAAAAUAUCAACUGUCAAGCCAAGCCUUCGAGUGGUUGAUUAGUGAAAUAGAAAAUCGGUUCCAUCAGGCAAUUGUUCCACCUGGUGAAAUGGUUGGUGUUUUAGCAGCACAAACAAUUUGUAAUUCUCUUUCGCACAUGCCCUAUAAUACUUUUCACCAUACUGGUGCAACAAAGUGCUUCGAAGUGUAUCAAAAAUACCUCCAAGGCGUGACUAGAAUAAAAGAAAUUAUCAAUUGCAGUAAAAUGCCGAAAUAUCCAUCAUUAACAAUUUAUCUGAAACCAGAGAUUUCAGGAGACGUCGAUGUAGCUAAAAGUGUUCUCUCUCGUAUUGAACACACGACACUUAAAAAUUUGUUAUUAAGUUCUGCAAUUUAUUACGAUCCUGAUAUAAACAAUACCGUUAUUCCUGAGGAUCAAGAAUUCGUAAACGUCUAUCAAGAAGUAUUGGAACUUGAUCCGUCGAGUUUAUCGCCGUGGUUGCUUCGCUUCGAAUUGGAUCGAAAUAAAAUGUUACCAAAAGAAAUAAAAAUGGAAAACAUUGCCAAUAAACUCUAUUCAAUAUUUGGCGAGAAUUUAAAUGUCAUGUUUAAUGACGACAGUGCGGAGCAUUUGAUUCUUAGAAUUCGAAUAGUCAACGGUGAUGAUGAUGAGAUUGAAUGUGAAGAUGAUGUCUUUUUGAGACGCAUCGAGUCAUUUAUUUUAAAUGACAUUGCAAUACAUGGUCAUGAAAUGAUUAAGAAAGUGCAUUUAGAUAUGAGUGAACAAAGUGUUACAAAUUACAACAAGGAAAGUCAAAUGAUUGAAACAAGAGCCAAUCAUAGGCUAAAAACUGAAGGUACAAAUUUGAUGAAAGUAUUGGUCGAUAAAGAUGUUGAUUCGAAGAAAACGAUUAGCAACGACAUUCACGAGAUUUUUAACGUUCUGGGAAUUGAGGCUGCAAGAAAGUCUAUUGAAAAGGAGAUGACUAAAGUUUUUGAAAAUUAUUCAUAUCAUAGAAAGCAGGAACAUUUUAUUUUGCUGAGUGAAGUUAUGACUGCCAAUGGCCAUCUAACGUCUAUCGAUAAUCACGGAUUUGAUAAAGAGGAUCUUGGAGCAUUCCUGAGAUGGUCUGCGAAAGAAAAUGAAGACGUUUUGUUUGAUGCUGCUUGUCAUGGAGAGGUCGAUCCUCUGAAAGACGUCACAGGAAAAAAUAUUCUGGGACAAUUGCCUCGCAUUGGCACUGGUUGCUUUGAUUUGUUACUUGACAAUAAAACUCUACUACGAGGAAAGGAUGCACGAUAGCUGCUUCAGCUAACGCUCUUUUUAACGCUCUUUUUUUUUAAAGAAAAAGACUGAAGAGAAGGUCUAAUUAUAUUUUUUUCAACAGUUUAUAAAAAAUCGAAAAAGUGACUAAGAUUAGUAUAUUAAUAUUAUUAA